UAUUCCAACCAGGGGUGAAGUUGGCGAUUUUUUAAAGAAAAACGCGUCGCAAUAAAAUAUUGUUAAAACAAAGAAAAAAGUGUCGAAAUACCAAAUGGCCGCUUCGUGGUGUCUACGAUGAGCACCGAACCCGGGAUUCAAAACGCCGGCACAAAAACGACGCGACAGGAGAACCUCCAACACCACGUCCGCCAAUCAGCAUCCGAGAAGAAAGCCAACAAGGAGUGCAAAAUUUGUGGCGAAACUUUGGCGGACACGAUUCUGUACUUGAAACACAUUCUGUUGCAUCGGGAUAGCCCGGAAACGGUCGCCGAAAAAGUCAGCCUUGAUGAGAAGCUGGACGUUGUUGAAGUGAAUGUCGACAGUGUCAACUACAACAACAAUAACGACGACGACGACGACAACGACAACGACGAGAAGCACCUGUUCCACGAGGAGGAUUUGAUUGUCCGUAUCGACGCCCAGGUGUCGAAUCGGGAGGGGCUGUACGUGUGCAAAAUUUGCGGGAAGCAAUUCCGCAAAAAGUACAGCAUUGCUUGUCACCUGAGAGUGCAUACCGGAGAACGACCUUUUAAGUGCCCAAUUUGCUCCCGUUCCUUUUCCCUGGCGUCGAAUCGAAGGAAACACAUGUUGACGCAUGCCAAUUACAAACCGCACAUGUGCGGCCUUUGCGGACACCUUUUCUCGCAGAAGGUGAAUCUCAUGCGACAUCUGUCCGCGGUUCAUGGAGUCGAUGAGGGGCUCAUUUCGGACGUCAAUGGUGACGAUGACACUGUAGACGUGGAUGUCGAAAUGUCGGACGAGGACGAGGGUAUCGUCGGCAUUGAUCGUGACGACAGCGACACCGGCGGUGGGGAUGAAAACGACAAGCCAGUUUGGGACAACAACGAAGAAGAUCUGAAACUCAAUUCCGAGAUGAAGGACAUUCGGGAAUCGCCGCAGUCAGAUUCUCUGCUUUAUCAAAUUCUCAAACCCAAAGAAGAGCCACAAUCUUCGAUGCUUAUGAAGAUUUUAGCAAAUUCUGCUGCUGCAUCUCCACAGCAACAACAACAGCAACAACAACAACGGGCGUCGACGCCGAAAAGCGAAGAUCGACGCGUCAUGAAUGACGACAAUAAUGCUUUGCUAUGUGUUGGUGGAAAUGCUGCUGUUGUGUGUCCAAUUUGCAGUCGAAGAAUCUCUGAACAUCAGCUCGAAUCUCACCUUUCGACUCAUCAUCCGACAGGUCGACCCUAUCAGUGUUCGACCUGCGUCCGCGGGUUCUCCUCUCGGGUUGCACUGACGAUGCAUUUGGCCCAAAGUCACUUUAAGGCGUGUCCUACGUGUGGACUGUCAUUUGCUCACAGCGACAAUCUAGCGAGACACAUGGCGAGUGCCGACCAUUUUCCGAGGGGGCCUUUUGUGCCCGACGUUAUGUUGCCGCAACAACAACAACAACAACAACAACAACAUCAACAACAACAACAGCACGUCGUCGUCCCGCUGGAUUUGUGCGUCAAGCAGGAACAUCAACAAUUUCUGGCUACGCUUCCGGUCAAUAAUAAUAAUAAUAAUGUCAAAUUGGCCAAAGAUGCGACGAGGAACGAAACUGUGCAGUGUCGGUGGUGCGAUGAAGUCCUGGAGCGGUGGUGUGAUUUCAGAGGGCACUUGAAGCGGAAACAUUGCAUCAAGAACCUGCCGGCGUCCGGACGUGACUCGAAAGCCAUGCGGGAAAUGAUACGCACUCACGGGAACGCGCAGUUCGACCCGUCGUCGAACCCGUCUUUGUCAUCAGCGUCGGGUUCUGCUCUUGCUGCUGCUGCUGCUGCUGCACCCAUCAUUCUGAAGCCGCAGUUUGAGCAUUUGUUGGCUGCCUCGCAACCCAGCAUGGUGGCUGCGAUGAACCUGGUGGCGUCACAAAUGGCGGCGACGGCCAGCCGGAAACGCAUCGCAUCGCCCGUCACCUUCAGCAGCAACAAAAUGAUCAAACCGGACUUCGACAAGAUGAUCGAGCAGAUGCAGAGUCGGAUUCAACCGCAAAACGUGUUGGAUUUGCUGGACGCCGGGCCCGUUUCGGAGGCCGAGAAAACAGUCAGUUUCGAGGAAAUGGUGAGCGAGAUUAUGAACCAGUCGUCAAGGGCGUCGAGUGUCGACGAAGGCAGCGUCGACACUCACAAGAACAACCUCAUCAUCGUCGAGCCCGACCCCGCGGCGUUAAUCAAAUGCGAAGUCACUUCCGAACCUGAAUCAGGCACGGAAGACAACGAAUAUGAGGAAGAAGAUCAAGAAGAAAAACCAAUUACCAAGGAAGAGGUGGACAUUAGGCCCAGGACUCGUGCUCCAGUUCCUGCUUUGAUCCCGGCGCCGAAUAUUCCGAUAUCGGCAUCCGGCGCUGUCGUGAAUAACGUCAACAAGAAAUGUCCCCCGCCAUUGAUUAAACUUCCAAAACUGCACAUAAUUAGUCCAUUGCCAGCUGGUGAAUCCUUGUCUUCAGCAGCAGCAGCAGCAGCCUCAUCCUUGCAGCCAUCCAUCGAACAAGUUUAUCAACGAUGGGCAACAGAAACUGAUGCCGUUGUGGAGCCAACAUUUCCGCCGAACCGUCGUAGAGCUGUAAGCAAAUCCAUCGGGAACAACAAAUACUUCUCAUCUUCGUCGUCGAGAAACUUGAACGCGUCGUCAUCAUCGUGUCCCGAUUCCGGAGAAGACUCUGCCGACGGCCAUCAUCGACACCCGCAUCAGUCCUCACAAUCCCAACACUUUGACAGCACCGACGAAGGCAGUGUCGACGGCAUUCCUGCUGUCGAUUUCGAACAACAACACGCAGCUGAUGCGUCGCACAGAAUCUCGUGCCAAUUGUGCGACCGGCGAGUGUUCAGUUCUCAGGAAGAGCUCGGAUGCCACGUGGCAUCCACGCAUCCGAAUCACUAUUUCUGCGUCAACUGUAGCCAAGUUGUCGACGGGCAUCUUGAUGCCUUGGAAAAGCACAUGGCGACCUGCUUCAAACAAAAAAUGGCGCAUCGGUUGCAGCACGCACCAGGAAGUCCAAGGGAGGGGAAUUCCUCGCGUCAUCUGAUAUCGUUUCGCCACCGAACACACGCCAGCACCAUGAAGGUCAGUGUUUCCAAACUUGGUGGUGCCGAAGUUGGCGUGGAUCGGAAGAACGUCUUUUCAGCUACUGACCCGGUUUACCGCAAUGUGGCAAACUGGGUGCCUAUCCGCUUCCUGGUCCCUGUGCUGCUGUUGCUGCGCGACGUGCCCAAGCAAGGAUGCUGCGCUCAGGUCACGCCGCGUGGACGCAACCCCACACCUACUUCAGGAUGA